GUGUGUGUGUGCGUGCGUACGCGCGUGCCCCCAGAAGCUUCACGUUAAAAGUCUCAAGUUGAAAAUAAAAAGGAGGAGGACUGCAGAAGCGUGGGCCCUUCACUGCCCGCCGUCGCUUCCUGAUUGGUUUUACAGUGAACAUGGCGGCUGUUAGUAAGUAUCUGACAGCCGGCAGUUCCUCAGUCGCAGGUGCUAUGCUGUUUGCCGUGUACGUUUUAAAACAGAGACUGUCUACGGAAAGCAAUGGAGAGAAGAAGGCUUCAGAACUACUGUUUAACAAUAAUAAGGAUGGCAAGACAGACAAGGCUGCAGUGGACAAGGUGUUCUUUAGGCGCAUUGGGCAUAUCAUGAAAAUCCUGAUGCCACAUACCUUUUCUAAAGAGUCGGGAUAUUUGCUUCUGAUUGCUGUCAUGCUUAUGGCCCGAACCUACUGCGAUGUCUGGAUGAUCCAUAACGGGACCAUGAUUGAAAGUGCAAUUAUUGGACGUUCAACAACCACUUUCAGAAGAUACUUGCUCAACUUUAUCACAGUUAUGCCUUUUAUAUCACUAGUGAAUAAUUUCUUGAAGCUGGGACUCGAUAAGCUGAAGCUGUGCUACAGAGUGAGACUUACCAGUCACCUUUACAAUGAGUACUUGACGGGGUUCACAUACUACCAAAUUGGCAAUUUGGACAACCGCAUUGCUAACCCUGACCAGCUGAUAACUCAAGAUGUAGAGAAGUUCUGUAACAGUGUUGUGGAUCUCUAUUCCAAUGUCAGCAAGCCUCUACUGGACAUAUUGAUCUACAUCUGCAAACUGAACACAUCCAUUGGUGCACUUGGCCCUGCUACUUUGCUGAGCUAUCUGGUCUUCUCUGGUCUCAUUCUGACGAGACUGCGCAGGCCCAUUGGCAAGAUGACUGUAACAGAGCAGAGGUAUGAGGGGGAGUACAGAUAUGUCAACUCUCGUCUCAUCACUAACAGUGAAGAGAUUGCGUUCUACAACGGGAACAGGAGAGAAAAGCAAACAAUUAAUGGAACCUUUCAAAAACUGGUUGACCACUUGAGUCGCUUCAUACAUUUCCGUUUCUCGAUGGGUGUCAUGGACAGCAUAAUAGCCAAAUAUAUAGCCUUGGUGGUGGGCUACCUGGUUAUUAGCCGGCCCUUCCUGGACCCCACAAACAAGCGGCAUCUUAACAGCACAUACUCUGAGCGGCUUGAGGACUACUACCAGACCGGGCGGAUGUUGAUGAGUUUGGCACAGGCCUUGGGAAGGAUUGUCCUUGCAGGCAGAGAGAUGACCAGAUUGUCCGGGUUCACUGCACGGAUCACAGAAAUUCAGGAGGUUCUUAAAGAGCUGAAUUCAGGCAGAUAUGAACGGACCAUGAUCUCACAGCGAUCCAAAGACACUCCAGUUGAGAAAAUCCCUCUCAUCCCUGGGAGAGGAGAAAUCAUCAUUGCAGACAACAUAAUCAAGUUUGAACACAUACCUUUAGCGACGCCCAAUGGUGACAUUCUCAUCCGUGACUUAACCUUUGAGGUGUCAUCUGGGACAAAUGUGUUGGUCUGUGGUCCCAAUGGCUGUGGAAAGAGUUCACUUUUCAGAGUGCUGGGAGAGCUUUGGCCCCUGUGUGGAGGACGCCUCACAAAACCAGAGCGAGGGAAGCUGUUCUAUGUUCCUCAGAGGCCAUACAUGACAUUGGGUUCCCUUAGAGAUCAAGUGAUUUAUCCUGAUACAAAUGAAGACCAAAAAAAGAAAGGAACAUCUGAUCAGGUGCUGAGGGAAUACCUGGACAAUGUCCAGCUGGGGCAUAUCCUGGACAGAGAGGGCAGCUGGGAGAGUGUGCAAGACUGGAUGGAUGUCCUCAGUGGAGGGGAGAAGCAGAGGAUGGCUAUGGCUCGCCUGUUCUACCACAAGCCCCAGUUUGCUAUUCUGGAUGAGUGCACCAGUGCAGUCAGUGUUGAUGUGGAGGACUUCAUCUACAGCCACUGCAGAAAGGUUGGCAUCACACUGUUCACAGUCUCCCAUAGGAAAUCACUGUGGAAGCACCACAAGUAUUACUUGCACAUGGAUGGAAGAGGAAACUACGAGUUUAAACCCAUUACACAGGAAACCGUGGAGUUUGGCUCAUAAUGUUGACAUGGGCCUUAAACAUGAGCCAAUUUGUGUGUAAAUUGAUUUUCAGUUGAUGUUCAGCAAUUGAAAUCAACUGAAUUUAAUGCAACAGUUUUCAUAAGAACAGUUUUACAAACAAUUUACACAAAAAUGAUCUGCUUGUGUUUUAUGAUUAAGGGCCAUUGGUACUAAAUGUCUGGACUUGAUGCAGUUAACACCAUGUAACAAAAUAGUUUUUUUUUUGGUUCCUGGUUAGUAAGUGUUAUUUCCACCUCAAAAGUAUAGAAAUUGGCUAUUAUUCCCCAUAAACUUUGCUUUUGCGACCAGGACAGUGAUAUUUUGGAAUGUACCUAUUUUCUAGAACAUUCCAGAUAGAUUCAGUGCUGAGUAAACUUGGAGUAACUUCUAGAACAUUCUAGAACGUUCCAGUAAUAUAAAAUUAUAAAUACAGGGGCCUUAAGCCCACCAGUUCAGUUUAGUUCCAGCUGCCUAAGUGGAUACAUAUCUGCAUUUUCUGAGAUGGCAUCAAGAGGCUGCAAGCAUCAGGCAGACACAUUUUGCUAUGUCUGCAGGCAAUUUAUCAAGACAAGAGCAAAAAAGUACUCCGUGGAAGCAUCUGCUAAGAUGUGUGAGGCCUGUAAGGCAUAUUUCGGCAUGCCUGUCAGGGAUCAAGACAAACCCUGGGCACCUCAUUUCACCUGCGAGCACUGCAAAAAAACGCUGGAAGAUAAGAUGGACAAUUGUUGCUCAGAAUUUUAUGUUAUAAAAUGUGUUAAUUUUUAAAAUGGUAAAAGUUUUUAAUUUUAAAAUGUUUUACAAUUUUCAAUGUUAUUGAAAAAAUAUAACAUAUAUGAAAAAUGUUGCGAGAAUCUCUUACACACUAGACAUGGGUGAAAUAAAUGUAUAUUUUGUAGGAUGGUACAGAGGGGAAAAGAGUGCCAUGAAGUUCGCUGUCCCAAGAAUUUUGCAGGAACCCACUGACCACUCAAGCAACUGCUACUUCUGCAUAGUGGACCCUUCCAAACUUCGGACUGGCAAGCAUGCACCUGCUAUCUCGUAUCCGGACCUUCCUUCAUCCAUCGCCCCGGUGCCACACUGCCAUGAGCUCCCAGUACCCACUCCUCUGGAGAGAGAGCAGCCGUCUUAUGAAGAGAGCAGCAAGUCAGAGAGCAAGGAAGACGUUGUAGAUCCAGAUGACAAUUUCUGAGGUGGAGCUGAGGAGAGAAACCCAUACUUCCCCAACCAAAAAGACCUCAACAACUUGAUUAGAGAUCUUGGUCUCACCAAGUUCAGUGCCGAGCUUUUGACGUCUAGGCUCAAGCAUUGGAACUUGUUGGAUGAAAGUGUGCAAGUCGCAGAUCAGAGGAAGCGUCACCAACCUUUUAUCAGCUUCUUCACCCGUCAACAUCCUGCUUCUGCCACAAUGUGACCAGUCUGUUCGAGGCAGUCGGAAUCGCCUGUGACCAGAAUGAGUGGCGCCUCUACAUUGACAGCUUAUCCAGGAGUCUCAAAGCCAUGCUGCUCCAUAAUGGUAACAAGUACCCGUCUCUUCCCCUGACUCACUCGGUGCACCUCAAAGAGGAUUACAACAGCAUCAAGACCUUGCUGGACGCCUUGAAGUAUGAUGAGUACAUUUGGGGGCUGAUUCGUGAAAGUGAUUUACAGUAUAAUUGUAAAUCUCGAAAAACUACUCACUUCUAAAUCUUUUGUAGUCAUUUUUGUAUUACUUUAGUAUAAAUACAUGUUAAUUUGGAUUCAUAUGUUGUUUUUUUCUGACUUUAUGUGAACAAAAAGACACAAAUUCGCCCGUUUUCUCAUUGGAAAUAGGUACAUUUCAAAAUAUCACUGUCCUGGUCACAAAAGCAAAGUUUGUGGGUAAUAAUAGCCAUUUUCUAUACUUUUGAGGCAUAAGCAAUUAGGAAAUAACACUUACUACCCAGGAACAAAAACUGUGUUACAGAGUGUAAUCAUUCUGUACUCCAUGGAAUUCUUCUUUCUUUAUAUAAUGUAAGACAUUUUUGUUCAAAUAACUUUACCUCGUUUUAGGGGAAGGAUUGAAACUAUAUCUCUUAGGGAGAGGUACUGUGCAUUAUCUGAAAAGAUUUUUGUAUGGAAUAAGAUUAGGUUUGAUAUCUGUUUUAAGAAUCAAACAUUUGUAAGUAAAAGAUGUUUUAUGUUGGUCCUUGAUUGUAUUUGUAGAGUGAAACUGGAAUAUUUAAGUCACUGGGUCUGGGCCAUUUUGUCAUCAUUGUCCUGAACAUAUUGUUGCAUGCCAUUGGUGUAGUUAUGAGCUCACCUUAUCUUCAUGUUAGCUGUAUUAUUUUAGUGUAACAGGCUGUAUUUGUAAAUGUUAUUUUAUGGGAAAUUUGUUUUAGACAAUAAAUAAUCUUGCCUAACAAGAGUAUUUAUACCCUUUACUAAAAAAAA